GAAACAAUAGCUGAGCACCACGCCUACAGGAAGAACUCAAUAAACGUUGGCUGGUCCUAAGCAUAUUCUCUCAGCUUUGUCAACAGCCCUAAGAGGUUUUGGAGUGGCAGGGGACUUUGAGUGAUCGCUGGAGCCCGUGGUGCAGAAGGCGGUGAGGAACAACAGCAGAGCCAGAGACAAGUUUACGGUUCAGGCAGCUACUACAGCUGCUAUGAGAUAUGACGUCUUGGACCUGGAAGGAGGUGGCAACAGCAGAGGUGGUGUCCUAUCCAAAGACCUUACACAAGGGUACCAGCCCUCCUGACGGAGUCCCUCUUACCCCUACAACCCUGCCUCGUUCCUUCCUGAUAUGCUCAACCCUACAGACCACCGCUAGGCACAGGCAGUCGACUCCACGAACAAAUUAACGAAAGACCCAGGACCAGAUCGUCAUCACCUAUUUGAAUGACAGGCAUAUAGUCAGAACUCAGUAAUUGUUUACAGAGAGAAUACUGCACGAUUCUGCGAGGCCCAAGUGGCUAGUCCUCUCUCUACAGCGAGGAAAACUGGGGCUCAGAUCGGGGAAGUGUACCCCUGGGGUCCCUCUGCGCAGCCUCGGUUAGACGUUUUCUUCUCAACUUUCGGAACGCAGUCCUCCACACUGGAUGGAGAGUGCUUGCUCUCAGGGCCCUGGGCACAUAGUAGUGAAGGAGGCCGACCAGGAGCCGCCCUCAGGUUCCCUAAUACAACUCAUGAAGGUUUCAAUGUCACUCUCCACACUACCUUGGUUGUCACUACGAAACUGGUGCUCCCGACCCCUGCCAAGCCCAUUCUCCCCGUGCAAACGGGGGAGCAGGCUCAGCAGGAGGAACAGUCAAGCGGCAUGACCAUUUUCUUCAGCCUCCUCGUCCUAGCUAUCUGCAUCAUAUUGGUGCAUUUACUGAUCCGAUACAGAUUACAUUUCUUGCCAGAGAGUGUUGCUGUUGUUUCUUUAGGUAUUCUCAUGGGAGCAGUUAUAAAAAUUAUAGAGUUUAAAAAAUUGGCAAAUUGGAAGGAAGAAGAAAUGUUUCGUCCAAAUAUGUUUUUCCUUCUCCUGCUUCCUCCUAUUAUAUUUGAGUCAGGAUAUUCAUUACACAAGGGUAACUUCUUUCAAAAUAUUGGUUCCAUCACCCUGUUUGCUGUCUUCGGUACGGCAAUUUCCGCUUUUGUAGUAGGUGGAGGAAUUUAUUUUCUGGGUCAGGGGUUUUUUUUUUGUGUCUAUGUGUUUGUGUGUUUUAUUUUACAGGCUGAUGUAAUCUCUAAACUCAACAUGACAGACAGCUUUGCAUUUGGCUCCCUGAUUUCGGCUGUGGAUCCGGUGGCCACUAUUGCUAUUUUCAAUGCACUUCAUGUGGACCCAGUGCUCAACAUGCUGGUGUUUGGAGAGAGUAUUCUCAACGACGCCGUCUCCAUUGUCCUGACCAACACAGCUGAAGGUUUAACAAGGAAAAAUAUGUCAGAUGUCAGUGGGUGGCAAACAUUUUUACAAGCCCUUGGCUACUUCCUCAAAAUGUUCUUUGGCUCAGCAGCACUCGGCACCCUCACUGGCUUAAUCUCUGCACUAGUGCUAAAGCAUAUUGACUUGAGGAAAACGCCUUCCUUGGAGUUUGGCAUGAUGAUCAUCUUUGCUUAUCUUCCUUACGGGCUCGCUGAAGGAAUCUCGCUCUCGGGCAUCAUGGCCAUCCUGUUCUCGGGCAUUGUGAUGUCCCACUACACGCACCAUAACCUGUCCCCGGUCACCCAGAUCCUCAUGCAGCAAACCCUGCGGACCGUGGCCUUCCUGUGCGAAACAUGUGUGUUUGCAUUUCUUGGCCUGUCCAUUUUUAGUUUCCCUCACAAGUUUGAAAUUUCCUUUGUCAUCUGGUGCAUAGUACUUGUACUGUUUGCCAGAGCGGUGAACAUUUUCCCUCUUUCCUACCUCCUGAAUUUCUUCCGUGAUCAUAAAAUCACACCGAAGAUGAUGUUCAUCAUGUGGUUUAGUGGCCUGCGGGGGGCCAUCCCCUACGCGCUGAGCCUGCACCUGGACCUGGAGCCCAUGGAGAAGCGGCAGCUCAUCGGCACCACCACCAUCAUCAUCGUGCUCUUCACCAUCCUGCUGCUGGGCGGCAGCACCAUGCCCCUCAUCCGCCUCAUGGACAUCGAGGACGCCAAGGCGCGCCGCAGGAACAAGAAGGACGUCAACCUCAGCAAGACGGAGAAGAUGGGCAACACCAUCGAGUCGGAGCACUUGUCAGAGCUCACAGAGGAGGAGUAUGAAGCCCACUACAUCAGGCGGCAGGACCUCAAAGGCUUCGUGUGGCUGGACGCCAAGUACCUGAACCCCUUUUUCACGCGGCGGCUAACUCAGGAGGACCUCCACCACGGACGUAUCCAGAUGAAAACCCUCACCAACAAGUGGUACGAGGAGGUGCGCCAGGGCCCCUCUGGCUCUGAAGACGACGAGCAGGAGCUGCUGUGAUGGAGCAGGGCGCCCCGUCGGGCCCCCCCACGGCUCCCGGGACAGACACUCCGCGAAGGCCCCCGGUGCUGCUUGCAUCGGGCGGCCUCCUCGGGGCAGAUGGAGGCGGGGUGAAGCAAAGGCCACGGUCCUCUUAAACCCGGCGUCCCCGGCCCUUGGAGCCAGCCGUCUGCUUCGGAAACGGUCCUCCCCCCAGGCCUCACUGAGCCGGACCUCUGCUCGCCGUGUCGCUUCUCAGCUCGCAGAUCAGAGGGGCCACGUGUCCAGGUAAACUCUCCUCUUCCGCACCCAGGGCGAGCAGUCCUCUGCCGGGCUGCGGCGCGUGAGGAGAGAAAUGGCGCUGCGGAGCCCGGCCGUGACCGGGGCGGCCAGGGGAGCGCCGGCGCGCAGCUUCCGCCGUUCCCAGCCACGGCCUUCGUCCCGGGAGCACCUGCUGAGGCCGGGAUGGGUGUCUGUUCUAGCGGGGCGAGGAGCCGGCCGUUUCCCCUUGGUCAUCGAGGUGCCUCCGGCCUCAGCAGCAGCAAUUCUGACCUAAGUGCUGGGCUCGGAAAUCUGGAAAAUGUCACACUCCCCUCUGUGAUGUUGCUUGCACUCCUUGAGAAAGAAAAGCCGAGUGACAAACUUCGUUACCUCUGAUUGGCCCCUCGCGGGCUGUCUCCCUGUGUGGCAGGCGGUAGCUGCCCUUCUCUGGGAAUAUGGUGAAUGUUCACGCCGGUAUGGAGCAGGGGCACAUGGGCCCUUCUCUAAAGCCCCAUUGGAAGCUUGGGUUUUGGGGUGAGGAAGCCUAGUCUGUGGGGUCAGAGCGCCCUCUGGAGGGAGAGGCUAGCGUUACAGGGCUUAUGCAGGCCGGCAUCUGCUGUCUUCUAAUUGAGUUUAAAUUCAUGCACUUUUACGAAGUAGCGAGAGCCUAGCAGUUACCUCCCUCACUCGGUGGACCUUAUUGUCCAUAGGCCCCAUUUCCUGGGCUCCACGCAGUCUGCCCACCGUUUACCUGCUACCACCUUCCUUCCCUCUCCCACUUCUUUUCCAUCUUGGGUCCCAGCUCGCCCAAGAACUGGAGCAGGGGCCAGAGCGGCAGCCCCCUGUGCUCCUCCCUGCUACCCCCACCCAGGACUCGCUCGCGUGCACACACCCUGCCCUGUCCCCGUGGUCCCGGCCCCUGGGCUGUCUAGCAGGGGGAGCUGCCCAUCAUGUCCAGAUGAAGUGGUCACUGACUUUCACAUCCGCGCCUCACACCUGCUAGCCUUCACCCAUCUGUGGGCCAGUGGCAAAUCCCCUGUGCGGCUCAGGGUCCCUGCCUUGGGACUCGGCACCCUCCGGCAUGGUUUACUUCAUCAUGUGCGGUCCUUGGUUCUCUGUGGGGACACCGUGGGCCAGCACGGACCCUGGGCUGUUUCCAUCUCUUCUGCCUCAGGCGGCAGGGCUCUGGACGUUAGCAAGGACUGAACUCUCCAGGUCUCUGCUGCCCAGCCCACCAGGCCAGGCCCCUGCCCGGACCCCUUCCCCUUUCCCGAAAGAGUGAGGCCUGUCAGGCUGGAAGCAUAUGGUUUCCUUUUUAUGCAUGAAAAGUAAAUCUGUACUUGAUAGGAUUAAAAUAUGGCCAUUUCUCUUUUUGUAACCUCCUACUUUAACCCCUUAAUUUAAGCCAAACAGGAGCAUUCUACUCCACCUCAUACCUUCACUGGAGGAGUAAUGCCAUGCGUAAUUCUGGCCUCCAUCAUGUCCUACUUGCUUUUAGAGGAAAAGUAAAAGAAGAGGUCAAAGAGGGAGGGGACCUUGUCCACCCCUGGAGGGAGGUGGGCAGGGAUCCCCGACUAGAGUGUUCUCUCAUUCCCAAACCCAUAAGUAAUCUUUCUUCCUUGAAAUUCAUGGUGUGAUCUCAGAAGUGCAACUUGCAUUGCAAACUCAAUAGUUUACCAGGAAAUUUAGUGGGGAGGGGGCUGUGAGUUCAUAGAUAAUAGCAGUGAAAACAGGAUCUCCUCUAUUCAGACUGCCCUUGUCACCAGGUCCCAUCUGGCCUCCCACUUUUAGCUGAGACCUGAAAACGACACUGAAGUAGAGAAGGGUCCCCAGGGUGGAAAGUCCCCAGGGCCUGGCUCAGUGGGCAGGGGGCACCUUUCCUGGCAGUUACCAGCACCAGCUUGGGUCUCCUGUGCUGGGUCUUCUGCCCCCCCCCCCCCCGCUGGCUAAGGGAGGUUUGGCAGGCUGGAGAGCAUUCCCAGGAGGACAGGUGUGCCCUGUGUAUCUCAGGUCAGUCCCUUUGCCUUUGCCACACGCAAAGCUCAUGGAGAUGGGUUUUCCUGGUGGAUUUUUAAAAGUGUCUUUGCCUGAGAAUCAGAAAUGUGCUGUUGGCUACCUUUAGCAUACCUAAUAAUUCUACUAUUGGGGGCAAUAAAUGCCUAGUCGAUUAAAAAAAAUAUCCAGCAUAACUCCAGUUUCCCACAAAUUUACUUCGUUCUGGGUCUAAGCCGUGGGACAGGGAAGCCACAGCACAUAGACAAGGUCACACUUUAGGGUGAGGUGAAGGCUGUAAAGUCAGUGAGGGCCUCUGGGGAAGCUGGCCAGUCAGCUAGUUAGCCAGUGAACUAGAAGACGUGCUUGACUUGGGGAGCCAUGUGGCAGCAAGCACCCCUCCCCAUCCAAGAGCGCCCCCCCCCCCCGCCACUCCACAGCAGGCCUAGCGAUUUUGAACUCUUGAAAUAAGUCACAUGGCCUGUCGUUGUAGGACUCCCGGGAACAACCGUACCCCAAAGCUUGUGGUAUAGGUGUUACAGGGAAAGGAGGCGGCUUGCCCUAGGUCCCCCAGAGAUCACGUUUUGGGCUAGGCUAAGCCAGGGCCAGGCAGGAGGAAGGUGGCUCAGUUCCACAGUGUGGUGCUCACUCAGCCCAGCAGCAGAAGCACAAACCUCCCGCACCCAGGCCAGCUACCUCUCUUCACAGUGGAAAUGCUGGCCAGGCCUUGGCUGACGUAAAGCCAAGGGGCAGGGCCUGGCCCAUAAUGUCGGUGAUCCCAGAGGACCCUAAGUCAGCCUAGGGGGGGGUCCUGGUUUGCCUGCAGAUUCCUUUGUGUGCCAUGGAAUGUGGAGAGAUUCGUGAGUGGGGCUCCUCCUGCCCUCGGAACCUACGUCAGAGCUACAGACUUGGCCUCUGGCCUCGGGGGGUCUCGGUUCCACAUUCCCACAGGGGCCUGCACAUUUGGCAGAGUCCUCAGCGGGGUGGCCACAGCCGGGAUCCCACUUCUGCUUUGGUGGGGAGACUGAGCGUGAGGCAGGGUGGCGGCCAGCUUCUCCUCGUCCGAGUUACGGAUGUCAAAGGCGCAGGCCUUAGAACUGGUCCCUGAUUCAAGUACAAGGAGGAAUCAGCAUCAAUGAUCUGCCAUUAAUUAGGACUUUAAAUGCAAAAAAGAGAGAGAGAGAGAAAAAAAAGGCACCCUGAUCCUCCCCUAUUCCCUCCAGAACACGUACCCCUGUUUCUCCUGCUGGUUGACGUGUAGGAAACCAUAUCUGAACCCUUCCCAAAACAGCAGCCAGAAUCAUUAAGAAGCUGCUGUACCAGGAACUCCGUCUCCAAAGCCCUAGGCGAUACGUCUGAAAUGCAGACACCCCUGUGAGAGGAAAGCCUUAAACAGAGCCAAGUAGCCACCCUGCCUUCCGUUUGGGUUCCUGCGAUUUCUCACGCAGAUGGAGUCAGACAUUCAAGAGCUUCUGUUGCUGUUGGCCACGUGACAGAAGAAGGAUGACUUUACAUUUCCCCUGGGCCGUCCCAUCCCACUGCCCACCCCACUUUUUCACUUUCCCGCCCCAGCCAACGUGGUCCCGGAGGGAGAAAACGUACUUGGCCUCUCUCACCGGCGAGUCGGUCUCCCAGGCGGCUCUGCGCGGACGGACGGGCCCCACUUGGGGUGAGAGCACCACGUGCCCUCAGGAGCCGCUGCAGGAGCCUGGGCCGCGUGACCGGACGGGGAACGUGCAGACGGUUGCUCAGGAGGGGAAGGUCACCCGUCACCUUCGCGGGCCUGUGCUCCCAGGAGCCUGGCAGCCACGUGGAAGAGCCACAUCAGCACGUUCUUGGCGCUCCCUUCUCGAAGCCCCGGCCCUGCUCUGAGGAGCCUUCCCGCUACCGGCCCGGGAAGGCUUGUCACUCGCUUCGGGGCUUUGAGGUCGGUGGCUCACCCGAGGCUUUAAUGUUUUCUCCAGCACAGCCUGUGCCAAGCUCGAGUUGUUCUCAAGGUUAAUCAGAAGUUUGAAUUCUUUUGAGUAACUGUCUUUGUAAAAACGAAGGAAUGUUUACAGUGCUGCUUUUUUAUUUGUUUUGAGACCUUGGCGAAGGGCAGGCUUCUCCUUCGUCCUACCCCACGCCACGUUAAGUCGUAAGAGGGAUCUGUCAGGUCCUGGUUCCUGAGAAAGGGUUUGCUGCUCCUGUCGAUGAGAUGGGGGUGGGAGGGGGAAGGUAGGUCAGAGAUGGGAGCGCCUGUAGCUGCUCUGCCGGAGCCCCUGCUUCACCUCACUGGACUCUUUAAAGAAUUCAGAAGCGGAUGGCAAACAGUAAUGUCACUGGAUACUUAUUUAGAAAUAAAAACGAGCGCUGCUGAAUCAGA